AAUGCUGUUGUUGAUGCCACGAUAAGCAAAAAAUUUACAACAACAAAAAUCAAAAAAAAACACACACACCCAAUUAUGCCAACUACUUGCCGUUUUAAAUUUUCGCGCACUACCCCAAUCUACUACAGUGGCGAACAAAUAACAGGCAGUGUAAUUUUGAGUACCACAAAACAGCUGCCAGUUGAAGCAAUUCACCUCUCUUUGGUUGGAUGUGAACGCGUGCAGUGGCUGGCGAGGAGUAGAAGCGCAUUGAUUCUACAUAACGAUAGCGUUGAGAAGGAGGACAACAAAGAGCUCUACCAUGGCAAGCAGGAGCAUUUAUGUGAGUCAUACACGCUUGCCAAGGCAGUGCGCUUGUUGCCGGGUGAGGUGCGUUUAGAGGAAUUUUGUUUCAUGCUGCCACACGAUGUGCCAGCUAGCUGUGAAAUGAUCUAUGGGGAGGUGGUUUACUGUGUGCGGUUGGUGUUGCAGCGCAAGUCGGUGUGCAAUAAGGUGUUCAAAGCGCGCAUAACGGUCAAAAACCGAUUGGAUUUAAGCAAUGCCACAGAUUUGAUUGAGCCUCAUGAACUCACCAUACCCUGUGUGCACACAACUAGUGCUGAGGCUGCACCACUCAACUUCGCUCUGUCCACGGGCACUGGCUAUGUGCCCGGCCAAAGUAUUUUCUACGCACUGCAUGGUCGACACAAAUUUGCGGCAUGCAACAGAUUACGUGUGAACUUAUGUCAAUUAAGCACUUUUCGUGCAAGCAAACCGCAGACGAAAACGAAAGAGUUGCUGAAGGUGCUAAAAAGUAAUACCCACAAAAUAGGUUCCUCAUACGUCACGGUGUGCGGUCAGCUAAGCAUACCGCUAGUGGCGCACAUUACACUGAAGAGUAAUGAAAAUAAUAUCAUACAAAUCAGUCAUUUUGUUGAAGCUAUGCUGAUAAAUAAGAAGCGCAUCUUACAAAAGUUAAUCAUACCGAUUUUGAUUGGUACAGUACCUCCAAAGAGGAAAGAGCGAACGCCAGAGGAGAAGUCUUUCGAGAUACUGGAACAUUUUUAUUGUUACGAUAAUUUGGCGACUGACGAAAUUUGCGACACGAGUAUACCUCCUGAAAAUAAAAAUAACUCCCUUACAUCUGCUAACCAUACAUUUCUACAAAAGCUGCCCUGUGAACUACUUUUAGACUCUUAUGACGCAUCGGCUAAUAUGUUGCAGCAACAUGUUGCUACAAGUAACAGGCAGUUGCUACGGCAUAAAGUAGACAACGUUAAUCUCCUACAACUAGCAAUAUAUUAAAUAGUA